GUAACUUAAUUCCUGUGUUUAAACUUCUGCAUUCACCAAACCAGUCUGAUGAGUCGCUGAACCUCGAGGGAAGUGACGGAGGAGUUUCAAUUCCUCGUUGUCGCGCUUUUCCACUAACCUUUACUGCUGUGCCGAGGUCCGUGCCGAGGUCCGUGCUGAGGUAGUAAGAACAUGUUCCGGAGAGAUAAAGAGACUCCAGCUGCGACCCCGGUGGUCCCACCUAGACCCAGUCCGGAGGAGCUGGAAAACUCUGUUACACACAGUCUAAACAGAGAGAAUGCAGGGAUGAGCACCGUCUCUCAGGAAAACAAUGACGUCACAGGCGAGCUUGCUCCAAAGACCAAGAGGACUGGAGUCAUGGGAGUCAUGCAGAAGGUCAACCCGUUCAAGUCUACUACACAGGUCUCCUCCACUGUCAGCAAAGCUUCUUCUUCAGAGUCACUGGAACAGGGAACUGCCUCAGAUUCCACACAGAAUCCAGGUAUGCUGAGAGGGGUCAUGCAGAAGGUCAACCCAUUCAAGUCUACCUCACAGGUUUCCUCUACAGUCAAUAAAGCUACUUCCUCAGAUUCACUUGGCCAGGAGAAUCCCCCAGAUGUUACACAGAAUCCUGGUAUGCUGACAGGGGUCAUGCAGAAGGUCAACCCAUUUAAGUCCAGCUCGCAGGGUUCCUCGGUUAUCAGUAAAACUCAAUCUUCAGAGUCACUGGAACAACGAAGUGCCCCAGACUCAACUUCGAACCCGGGCAUGUUGAAGGGGGUCAUACAGAAAGUCAACCCGUUCAAGUCGUCUGCACAGGUGUUGAAGGAGAACCCUCCAAAGGACUCUGAAGGUCCCACAGGCACCGGAAAACAACUUGAAGACAAACAGAGCCGCGGGAUGUUUGGAGGUAUGAUGCAGAAAGUCAACCCAUUCAAAUCCUCCACACAGAUGCAGGACACGCCUUCCCUACACAGUGACCUGUCCUCUAGCGCUGGAAGCUUAGCUGACGACAACACCUUGACAGAGAAGCAGGUGCCAACAGGAGAUUGUGCGACAGAUACUGUGGAUUAUCAUGCGACCAAACAAAAUCCAGGGAUGUUCAAAGGGAUGAUGCAGAAAGUCAACCCUUUCAAGUCUUACACUCCGAUCCCAAAGGAUUCUCAAGUGGAUUCUCCAGAUUCUGAAAAACUUCCCGCUGCAGAGAGACAGUCUAUACACAGUGACCACUCCUCCAGCUCGGGCAGUUUGGAUGAAAGUACCAUUGACAGACAUUCUGUUUGGUACACUGACAUCAACAACUGUGAGGUGAAAAGCCAGCCGAAGGAAGCAGAGAAGAAGAAAACCAUGACUUUUAGAAUAAAGAGGAUCCUCCCGGGUGUGUUUGGCUCUGGAACCAAGAAUGCAGCCACAGGACCCCCUGACUCUCAGCACUUGGCCCAGGGAGAGACAGUGGAAGUCCGGACGCUAGAGAUGGCUGAAAUACCAACACCGAGUGAAGGAACAGUCAUAGACCCUCUAGAUGAUGAAGAUGGCCUUAUGUCUUGGUGGAGAACAGUGGAGAACUGGGAUCAGUGGAAUGAGUCAAACCAGGAAGAGGAUGCUGAGGAAGUGGUGGAGGAUGCAGCCGACCGGGUCUUCAUGGCUGCUCGUCUCUUCGUACGCCUCUUCAACCGUCGCGGUGCCUCCUUGCAGCAGCGCAUCCUGGAGCUCCUUGCUGUGGCCGACGCAGCCGACAUCUUCCACAAGAAGACAGUCACAGCCAGUGUCGGGGGCGGGGUGGCCAGCGUGGCUGGCUCAGUCACCACCAUCACCGGCCUCAUCCUGGCGCCCUUCACCAUGGGAACGUCGCUCAUUGUCACGGCAGUGGGCAUUGGCGUGGCCACGGCAGGUGGGGUUGCGUCCGCCUCGGCCAACAUCACAGACACGGUCCACUCAAAAACAGACCGCAAGAAGGUGGAGAAGAUGAUCCAGGACUACCAGGAGGAGAUGAAGGACAUCAAGGAGUGUCUGGAAUUUAUGCAGGAAGGCAUGGAGACUCUGGAGGAGUGGAAUUUCGAGGCAUAUGCCGAGAGCAUUUCAAAGAAGCACCUCAACCAGAAUGUCAAGCACGUGAUGAAGGAGGGCGGCCGAGCCGGCAAGGCCUUGCUCAUCAAUACAGAGAGCCUGAUCAGCACUGUUCAGGUCAUCAGCGUCGCAGGCAGUGCUGCGAAAGCCGCCCAGGUAAUGAGCGUCACAACGGGGGUCAUGUCGGGUCUCUUUCUGGCCCUCGACGUCUUCUUCCUGGCCAAGGACUCCCUGGAGCUGAAGAAGGGCGCCAAGACUGAGUUUGCUGCCAAGAUCCGAGAGGUGUGUAAGGACCUGCAGGACGGACUGCUGGAGCUGAACCGGAUCAAGGAGCAGCUGCAGAAAACCAUGGAUGGGAUAGAGGUGGAGAUGGAGGAAGAGGAGGAUGAAGAUGCUUUGGAGUCUGACCUGAAGAAACUGGCCCAGCUGGAAGAGUGAUGAGGGAGGGGAAACAUGGAGGGAAGAAAAGUUGAGCUCAAACAACCAAAUCUUCAAUGGCAAAUAUUAAGAGACCCAUGCAAACAAGUUAAGACAGUGUGGUUUUCAAUCUGGUCCUGGUACCAUUGUGCUUGUGAUUUUUCUAUUCUGCAGGGUAUUCAUUACGUUCAUCUGCCAUGUCAAGUGAUUUAGAUGUAUACAUACCUGACACAACAGGUGAAUGUAAUGAACCACCUGACAGAAUAGACAACUAGCAGCAUUAGUGGUGCCCAAGGACUGGAUUGAAAACCACUGCUGAAAUAUAAGGAACAUUGCGUAAUGUUUGUUACAUACUACAGACUGUCUGUGCUUUUAUAGGCACACGACAAAGGUUAGGCAAGCCUUGACAAAUGGGGGAAAACCAAACCAAAUGCCUCCCAAAUGAACACCUUUAGAUUUUAUAGAAAGAACUGCUCUAUAUCAGGUCAAAGUGAGACCCAAAUGAAGAAUUUUAGUGUCAGAAAGGUUGUUUUAAACCAGGACUUUUUUAAAGCGUUUGUUAAUUUUAAUGUUUCUGGACAUUAGUUGCACACAUGCAGCGCUGAAUUAAGCAGCUGUUUAAGUAUAUUUUAAAUAUAUUUAAUUUAUAAAAUAUUUAAUCCUGGGUUACGCUGUCAAUUCUUGUUUGUUUCCACUUAAUAA